AUGAGAAAGCGAAGCGAAAGCCAACCCUUAUUGGGAGGUGAUUCCUUGGUCUACAACACUAAACCCAAGUCUAGUAUUAAAAAGAAUAUUUCAUACAUCUUGAAUGUGGUUACUAUAAUUACAAUUGCAGUUUUAGUAUUCAAUCACCUGUCGAAAUCAAAUUCAAAACCAGCGGUUCCCUCAUUUGAUCCGCAUGGCAAGAAAAAUGUCAUUAUGAUGGUCACGGAUGGAAUGGGACCAGCCAGUUUAUCAGCCGCAAGGUCGUUUCGUCAACUUAGGGAUAAUUUGCCUAUUGACGAUGUAUUGGUGUUAGAUAAAUACCUUAUCGGAUCAUCAAGAACUAGAUCAUCAAGCUCAUUGAUUACCGAUUCUGCAGCUGGAGCAACUGCUUUUUCCUGCGGGCUUAAAUCGUAUAAUGGAGCAAUUGGGGUUGAUCUGGGCAAAACACCGUGUGGUACAAUUUUAGAAGCCUUGAAAUUGCAAGGUUACAUGACAGGGUUGGUUGUUACUACUAGGAUAACCGAUGCUACACCAGCUGCGUUUAGUUCCCAUGUCGACUACCGUUUCCAAGAAGAUUUGAUUGCUCAGCAUCAAAUUGGUGAAUACCCCUUUGGUCGUGCUGUUGACUUGAUUUUGGGCGGUGGAAGGUGUCACUUCGUGCCUCGUGCAAAUGGCGGAUGUAGAGCCGAUGAAAGGAAUUUGGUUAAGGAAGCAAUAGACAAUGGUUGGUCGUAUGCUGGUGAUAGAGAACAAUUUGAUCAAUUGGAUGGUGGUAAAAAUGUGAGCUUGCCAUUAUUGGGAUUAUUGGCAAAUCAUGAUAUACCUUAUGAUAUUGACCGUUCUAGUAAAGAAUUCCCUUCUUUAGCUGAACAAGUCAAAGUUGCAUUGAUAGCAUUACAAGAAGCAACCAAGGACUCGGACCAAGGGUUCUUUUUGUUGAUUGAAGGGUCAAGAAUUGACCACGCUGGUCACCAUAAUGAUCCAGCAGCACAAGUUAGAGAAGUGUUGGCAUAUGACAAAGCGUUCCAAGAAGUGAUUAAUUUCAUUGAUUCUACUGAUGUAGAAACUGUUGCCAUUUCCACUAGUGAUCAUGAAACUGGUGGAUUGGUAACUGCUAGACAAGUGACAGAAUCCUACCCUGAUUAUUUAUGGCACCCACAAGUAUUGCUAAACAGUAGCCAUUCAGGUGAACACUUGGCAAGAAAGAUUUAUAGUCAAAAGGAUAAAUCAAGUAAUGCCAAGUUUACUGAUUAUAUUAAACAAGAAAUUUUGGCAAAAGAUAUGGGUAUUACUGAUUACACUGAAGAUGAAGUCAAACAAAUUGCCUUGAAAGCAUCUCAACCAGAUGCAUUAUUAUACUUUUUGAAUAACAUGAUUUCAUUUAGAGCCCAAAUUGGCUGGACUACUCAUGGUCAUUCAGCAGUCGAUGUCAACAUUUAUGCUCAUACAAACUCACCAUCACUUUUACAUAAAUUAAAAUCAAGAAAAGCUUAUGAUGGAUUAACUGGUAACCAUGAAAAUAUUGAAAUUGGUGCAUUUAUGGAAUCUAUAACCGGUUCAAAUUUGAAUCAAAUUACAGAAAUGAUUAAAAAGACAGUCCAUUCUCCAAAACAUGGCAAGACGGAUUUGUCAGCGGAUGAAUUUCAUGCCAAUGCUAUUUCUUGA